AUGCUUUUGGCGGCAAAUUACUUGGAGAUUAGGUGUCUAUUCUUCUCCAUUGGUAAAGCUAAACCUCAACCCAUCUUCUCCAUUGAUGAAGCCUUUCAAAAUCAACUCAAAACAAUGUUAAGUCAAACAAUGACAAUAGUUGCAACACCUAGUGUUGGUAUGAAAUUUGAUAGUGUAAAUGAAGCAUGGGAAUUUUGGGCUGCGUAUGGGAAAGAAAAAGGCUUUGGAGUUAGAAAACAAUACACCAACAAAAGGAAGGAUGGCUAUAUUAGAUCGUUCCGAUUCGUUUGUUGUAAAGAGGGUCAUCGAACAAAGAAUCCGACAUCGCUCUUGGUGAAGAAUCCUAAAGCUGAGACAAGAACCGGCUGCCCGACGAGAAUUGCACUUAGUAGAAAGGAUGAAAAGUUUGUAAUCCACGAGUUCGUAGAAGCUCAUAACCACCUUUUGCAGCUUCCAGAAACAACACACAUGUUAGCCUCACAUCGUAAAAUAUCCGAAGUUCAAGCAUAUGAGAUUGAAAUGGCGGAAGACUCUGGGUUGAUGCAAAAGGCCUCAUUUCAGCUCAUGAGUGCACAUGUUGGAGGUAGAGAUAAUCUUGGAUAUACUCGGCUGGAUGCGAAGAACUAUCUAAAAGAAAGAAGAAAGUGUAGGAUGUUAUUUGGAGAAGUUGGUAGUCUCAUGGAAUAUUUUCAAAAACAACAUUUGGAAAAUCCAUCAUUUUACCAUGCAUAUCAAAUGGAUUGUGAAGAACAAAUUACAAAUGUCUUUUGGACAGAUGCAAGAAUGAUUUCGGACUAUGGAUAUUUUGGUGAUGUGGUUUCUUUGGAUACAACAUAUUGUACCAAUGGUGCUAAUAGACCAUUGGCAUUAUUUUCGCGACAAUAUGUUGGGGAUUUGGUUGUUGUCUUGUGUACUUAUCCCUAUAUUUGGUUGUUGAAUGCUUGUGAAUGUAGGCAGAAUGAUGAUGAGUUGGAGAAUGAAGAUAGUUAUUAUAUUGCAAGUGACGAGGAAGACGACGAUGACGAUGAUGAUUGUUACACUGAUGAUAGUGAACAGGAUGAAUGUGUGGAUUUGAGUGUUGUUUUUCCACCUGAAAGAUUUUGCUUGAUUGAUACUAAUGUAGGUGCUAUGACAACAAAUAUUCCCACAACUGCAGCUGAUUUUCGAUAUGAAUUUCAUGAAGAUUCUGAUGUUUUACAUACUCCACCAGAGAGUGAAGAUGAAGAGCUUGGUCACAACUAUCCAACUUUUAAGAUGAGUGAUGGGAGUAUUGGAGUUCAGUUUCAUAAAGGUUUGACAUUCAACAAUAAACAACAAGCAAAUGAGGCAAUUAAAGAGCAUGCAAUGGAGACUAUGAAAAACUUAUACAUCAAGAAAAAUGAAAAAGAAUUCUUGGUUGUAAAACUUAGCUGA